CUUUUUCCCCAUUCGCUUCGUUUUCUCAUUUGGCUUCAUUCGUUUUCUUCUCUGAUCUGUUACGAGUCGUUUUGACCCAAAAAAAAGAAGAAGAAAAAAAAAAAAAAGAGUAGUAUAUAUAUUUUAUUUUGAAUGCCGUUGAAAUUAAAGAAAUGAAAUCCGAACUUUUCUGCUCGUAGAUUUGGGAAGUAUAAGAAGAAGACUGGGGGAUUUUGAAUUCCAAGAUAAUUUGGUUUUUGUUGGAGGCUCUGUUGCUCUUUGCUUUUUGUACAUCUUUAGGGUUUUUCUUGGUAUAGGGGGGAAAAAAAAUGAAGUCGCUUGGAAAGCUCCGGAGAUUGGCACUGCACAAAAACGAUGGGAAAGAGAAAAGAGAGUUUCAACCUUCGGCACACUUGGAUGAGCUCGCUCAGGCUGCUCAGGACAUGCAAGAGAUGAGAAAUUGCUACGAUAGCUUACUUUCUGCAGCUGCUGCCACUGCAAACAGUGCAUAUGAAUUCUCAGAGUCACUGCGGGAAAUGGGUAAUUGUCUACUGGAGAAGACCACAUUACAUGAUGAUGAAGAAAGUGGUAAAAUUUUGCUAAGGCUAGGGAAAGUGCAGUUUGAACUUCAAAAACUUGUUGAUAGCUAUCGCUCUAAUAUAUUCUUAACAAUUACAAAUCCAUCAGAGUCUCUUCUCAAUGAACUUCGGACAGUAGAGGAUAUGAAAAUACAAUGCGAUGAGAAGAGAGAUGUAUACAAGUACAUGAUGGCACAACAUAAGGAAAAAGGAAGGUCUAAAAGUGGGAAAGGUGAAACUUUUACUGUAGAUCAACUGCAAACCGCUCAGGAUGAUUAUGAUGAGCAUGCAACGCUAUGUGUUUUCCGGUUAAAAUCUCUUAAGCAAGGGCAGUCUCGAAGUCUUUUAACACAAGCAGCUCGUCACCAUGCGGCUCAGUUGAAUUUCUUUCGGAGGGGACUCAAAUCACUUGAGGCUGUUGAGCCGCAUGUUAGACGGGCCACAGAACAGCACCAUAUUGAUUACCAAUUCAGUGGACUCGAAGAGGAUUAUGGGGAUGAUGGUGAAAAUAGCUAUAAUCCUAAUGAUGACGGGGAAUUGAGUUUUAAAUAUGGACCAAAUAUGCAGGGGCUUGAUGGUGUUUCCAUGUCAAGGAAUUCAAUGGAGGUGGAUGAAGCGGGCCUUUCACCUUCAGCAACAGAAAAUGCAGAGAUGAAUGUUGACAAAAACCAGGAGGAUCUCAGAGUCUCAGGUAGAGAGCCUAGAGUGGGUAGCCAUUCAGCCCCAAUAUUUGCAGAAAAGAAGUUUGAUCCAGCAGAAAAAAUAAAAAAUAUGCAACCGUCUCGGAAGUCUAACACAUAUGUGCUGCCCACACCUAUUGAUGCAAGGCAUUCAAGUUCAUCAAGAACAAGUAAUUCAGUUCCCCGCUCAAGGCCAAGUGGAGUCACCCACAAUUUGUGGCAUUCUUCCCCAUUGGAAGAUAAGAAGCAUGAGAAGCAUUCUGGCAAUGGUAACUUGUCAGGACCCAGUAUCUCAAAACCACAGUCAAUAGACAAAGAGAGUGACAGCAAUGAUACCUCCACCCCACUACCUCCUCCUUUGGCAGAGGGGCUUUCACUUCUGCAACACGAUACAUUUAAUGCUUCUGAUACUAAAAAAUUCAAACGACAAGCUUUCUCUGGUCCAUUAAUAAGUAAGCCAGGGUCAACAAAGCCUGCUUUAUCUGCCAGUGGCCCCAUUGCAUCUACUGAAUUGCCCCAGUUAGUUUCUGGAAUGUUUUCUAGGUUGCCAAUUCCUCAACCUUCUUCAUCUCCAAAAGUAUCUCCAAGUGCUUCACCUCCCCUUGUUUCUUCACCUAAAAUAAGUGAGCUUCAUGAGCUUCCUAGACCCCCAGGUAAUUUUGCCCCUAAACCAGCAAAAUCUCCUGAUUUAAUUGGUCAUUCUGCUCCUUUGUCCUUAAGAAAUCAGGAGCUUUCUGCAAUGAAUAAAAUCCCUUUGGAGGCAUCGAGUGUGGCAUCUCCACUUCCAAUUCCUCCAUUUCCUCGGAGUUUCUCCAUACCCUCAAGUGGUCAGAGAGCAAUGGCAAUACAUGUUGCAAAGUUUUUGGGUUCUCCUCAAGUUCCGCACAAGGCUGAAGAAGUUGCUUCACCUCCAUUGACCCCUCUUUCUCUCUCAAACGUUAAGCCAGCUUCAACUGUUAAUGAAGUGGCCUCUCAAUUUGGUCAAAUCCGAGUAAAUGCAGGUGGGAGCUGAUACUAAACGUGUGAAGCCUUUUUUUCCCCAGUGGUUGGCCUCGCAGAAGAUUGUUUUGGGUCAUUAUCUUCAUGUUGGGUACUUCAUGUUGGGUACAGAUCUGUACAGAUGAUGUUUUAUGUAUCUUUUAGUUUCUCAUCUCAGUCUUUGUUCAUUGUUUGGUAAUGGAUAAUGAUGAGAACUAAACACUACUCACUUGUGACAUUUAAAUCUCUCAGGCAUAUCGUAAAAUGAAGAAUUUUGUUUA